AACGGCGCCCCGUCACCGCCAGCCCCGCCUGCACCACCUGCAGGUCUACUGGCACCAGUAACAGGAGGACCACCAGCACCGCCUCCGCCAUCAUGUGCAAUGCCUAAUGGAGCUCCGAAGACUGGCGCACCACCACCUCCACCUCCCCCACCUCCUGGCCUAGGUAAAGCUGGAGGACCACCGCCACCACCACCGCCUGGAUUUAUGAGCGCACCUGGAAACGCAGCAACUAUAAAGAAGACCUACCAGACUAGGAAUAAGCUGCCCCAAUUGAACUGGACCGCUAUGAAGCCAAAUCAAGCGAAAAAUACUGUUUUCGAAGAUCUCAACGAUGAAAAAAUUAUCGAGAAGUUAGACUUCUCUAAAUUGGAGGAGAUGUUCAAACUUCAACCAGCUAGUGGAGAUGCAUCACUGGAAAAUGGUAAUCGUCUAGAAGUUGGAGCUGCAGGCGCUGGAGUUAGCCAACAUAGCCCUGGGUCAACCGGAAGUGGUCCAACGAAGAAAAACACGUUAUUGGACACGAAGAGGUUGCAGAACGUUGCCAUCACCAGGCGGAAAUUAGCUCUUGAACCUCGAGCCAUAAUGACUGCGGUCCAUCAAAUGGACCUGAACACAUUGUCAGCUGAUAAAGUGGAUAUUUUGUCUCGUAUCCUGCCCCAUGAGGAUGAGCGGAAGCUCUAUGCUGAACGGGGAGAUGAUGAAGGACUUAGUGAUGAGGACCGAUUUAUGGCAGCUUUGUGUGAAAUUGAACGUCUCGAGCAUAAGCUGAGCGUUAUGAGGGUGAUGGCAGAUUUCGACGAGAGUGCAGCACUGUUGGAGCCGGUAAAGAUUUUUGGUUUUAGAGUAACACUUUUUGAAAAUACAUUAUUUUUUUUAUUGCAUUUCGGAAAAGCGGCCCUUAUUUGGCUUUCUUCGAAAGGUCCUUUGAAGUACUAG